AAAGGCCAUUCAUAUUGGCAGAAUAUAAAAAGGAAAUAGGAAAGGCAUAUUGCAGGAUCUCUUUUUUUAUAUGCCUUGAAAAAGACUUUAGAAGAGUGGAUGUUAGCUCAGAAUCAGACUCAGAUUCUGAAAUUUUUGUUACAAGUAGGAGCACAAUUGAAUUCAAUCAGGCUGACACUAUGGUUUUUGAAGACUGUAACCAAAGUACACCCAAACACAAACUAGAAGAUGUAGUAGAUGCAUCCAGACAUUCAUCAACGAUUCAAGCUGGACAGAUAGUAAUAUCUGAUACUGAGGAUACUCUGGAUCUACCUGAAUACAAUGUGACUAAGUCCACUUACUACAGUAAAUAUACAAACCUUUAUGCACCAUGUGUUGAAGAAGAGGAUGAAGAGCCAGUUCCUGUAAAUUUGGGGAAUUUAUCAGACGCAACCAUAUUUAAAAAUGGUCUUUCAGCUCUUCAGUUUUUGACUGCACUGCAGCAGCAUCCUUCUUUGAUGAUCCCUGUCCUGUGCCACUCAGAAAAGAAGGUCACUGCCCUUGAACUUGAGGGACUUUUCAAACCUGACCUCAGUCCAUCAGGGAGCAACAGGAGACUCAGAGAAGGACAAACAUUAGGCUACUGGGCUGACUAUCUCCUUGAUUGUGAAGAAGGUCAGGCUGCUGUUUGCGUGGAAGAUGUUUUCAUGUUUGCAACUGGGCUAACUUCACUUCCCCCGUCUGGAUUGGAACCGCUGCCGAGGAUUGAGUUCCUGGAUGAUUCACCAUUCCCAAUGGCAAACACCUGUUCAAACACAAUGAAAUUACCACUGCUGGAUUCAUACAGUGUGUUUAAAUCACAUAUGGAUUUUGGAAUUCAGAAUUCGCCAGGAUUUGGCUGUUUUUAAAUCAGGUGUGAUUGGGUCCACUAGAUGUGGAUAAAUCACUACAGCUAGAGAACUCGCAUCCAUCUGCACUGGUGGACACACUUUAGCACUGUUAUUAUUUAAUUUUGUAAUAUAACUCUGCUGCAUUUUUUAUAUUUGAGAUUUUGAAGAAACCAUGUUUGAUUAUUGUUUAAGUUACAACUGAAGAUGUUUUAAUGUGUUCUUGUUUAUAUUAUGUUACAUUUGGACUGUUUCAUCAAAUCCUGAGCUCUGAAAGAGAGAUUUCCUGGUAAUAAAGCCAAAUCAAGAGUACUUAAAAUUAAACAUUUAUUUAUUUUA